AGCAGCAAGAGAGUCCAGAGAGUCUCAGGAUUGUUCUGAUUGGGAAGACAGGCUGCGGGAAGAGCUCCUCAGGAAACACCAUUCUGGGUCAAGAUGAGUUCAAAGCCGAUGGCAUCCAGAUAUCUGUCACCAAACAGUGUCAGAAAGCUCAGGGUGAGGUGGACGGUCGGUCCGUCACUGUGGUCGACACUCCAGGACUGUUUGACACGACAAUGUCUAAUGAAGAAGUUACCGAGGAGAUUACAAAGUGCAUCAGUCUGCUGGCUCCAGGACCUCAUGUCUUCCUGUUGGUGCUACAGAUCGGCAGGUUCACUGAAGAGGAGAAAGAUACUUUAAAACUCGUGAAGCGAGUCUUUGGAAAGAUGUCCGAAAAGUUCACCAUCAUUCUUUUCACUAAAGGAGAUUCUUUAGAGCAUCACUCAAUGUCUGUGGAGGACUACAUCGACACAGGUGAGGAAUUCAUCAAGAACCUGAUCGAUGACUGUGGAGGAAGGUACCACGUGUUCAAUAACUACGACAAACCCAACAGACUGAAGCAGGUCACACAGCUGAUAGACAAGAUCGAUACCAUGGUGAAGAAAAAUGGAGGAAGMUGCUUCACUAAUCAGAUGCUGCGAGAAGCUGAGGAAGCCAUCAAGAAAGAAGUGGAGAAAAUCCUGAAACGUAAGGAAGACGACUUGCAGCGAGAUCUGGCACAAGUUAAAAGACAAAAGGAGAAAGAAGUGAAUGAGAUGAAAAUCAAAAUGAAGGAAGAAAAGGGAAAAUUAGAAGAAGUGAGGGAACGAAGACUGAAACUUCUGCAACAACUGGAGACAAAAAUCACUGACGAGAGUGAAAAGGCAAAGAGAGAACAAGAGAAGAGAGAAGAAGAAGAUCAGAAGAAGAAGAAACAGGAAGCUGCAGAAGAAGAAGAGUUUGAGAAAAAACUGAGUGAUAUACAGGAAAAAAU